UAAAAAAAAUCAACAAAGAAACUGGUACAUAUGUCAGCUGUCCAAAUUGCAGCUUGUGUUACCUAUGUCAAAACUCCCGCUAAAUUUAUAUGAUGUAUUGAAUAGUACUGUAAAAUUAGUUAAAGUUAUUUGAAUCAAAUCAAAAUGGGUAUUCUAGGUUUAUCUAAGUUAAUUGCUGACAUAGCACCUCAUGCUGUCAAAGAAAUGGAAAUCAAAAAUUACUUUGGAAGAAAAAUAGCUAUUGAUGCUUCUAUGAGCUUAUAUCAGUUCCUUAUCGCCGUAAGAAGUGAAGGAGCCCAACUAGUCUCUGUAGACGGAGAGACUACAUCACAUCUGAUGGGUACAUUUUACCGUACUAUAAGACUGGUAGAAAAUGGGAUUAAACCAGUGUAUGUCUUUGACGGGAAACCUCCAGACAUGAAGGCUCAUCAGUUGAAUAAGAGAGCAGAAAGGAGAGAGGAAGCAGAGAAAGAAUUGCAAAAAGCUACUGAAGCCGGUGACACAGCUUCAGUGGACAAGUUCAACAGACGUUUGGUUAAAGUAACAAAACAACACAGUGAAGAGGCUAAACAACUCCUCAAAUUGAUGGGUGUCCCGGUUGUUGAUGCACCCUGUGAGGCUGAAGCCCAGUGUGCAGCUCUUGUAAAAUCCGGUAAAGUUUUUGCAGCAGCCACAGAAGAUAUGGAUGCCCUAACCUUUGGUGCACCAGUGCUAUUGAGACACUUAACGUUUUCUGAAGCAAGGAAAAUGCCCGUGCAAGAAUUCCAUUUAAAUAAUGUACUACAGGGAUUGGAAUUGAAACAGAAUGAGUUUAUUGACCUCUGCAUACUCCUUGGCUGUGAUUACUGUGGUUCCAUUAGAGGGGUUGGCCCAAAACGAGCCAUCGACCUCAUAAGACAACAUCGGACACUGGAUGAAGUACUCAAGAAUAUAGACACUGAGAAGUACCAACCUCCCACUGACUGGGAUUACGAGCGAGCUAGGAGUCUGUUCAUGGAACCUGAAGUCGCUGACCCUAAAGACAUUGAGCUGAAAUGGACUGAUCCCGAUGAAGAGGGCCUCGUGAAGUUUCUGUGUGGGGACAGACAGUUCAAUGAAGAACGAGUGAGGAAUGGAGCUAAGAAGUUAAUUAAAGCCAGGACGGGCACCACACAGGCCAGAUUAGAUGGGUUCUUCACGUUAACGACAACGCCUAAUUCGAAACGUAAAGCUGAAGAGGACAAGAAGAAUUCAGCAAAGAAGAAAACUAAGACCGGAGGUGGAGGACGCGGUCGGAAACCGAAAUGAUUAUGUGAGUCAAUUAAUAUCUAUGUACGGAUAGAUUCCUCGAACUAAAAUAAACAGUUGUCAAAGCCGAUAAUGGGUUAAUGUACCUUUUCUGAAAAACAAAACAAUAAUCAUUUGUAAAUCAAAGUUGUGUAGAUAUAAAAUUUCGAUACAUAUUCGAAGUUCAUCGCGCAAGGGAAAUUUUUUAAUAAAAAGUUGCCUCUAACCACAUCAUAUGAAAGACUGGUGUUGGCCAUGUACCCUGUCUAUUUCUGCCGUGAAGCAGUAAUGCGUUUCGGUUUGAAGGGUGAAGCAGCCGUUGUAACUAUACUGAGACCUUAGAACUUAUAUCUCACGGUGUGUGGCGCAUUUACGUUGUAGAUGUCUAUGGGCUCCAGUAACCACUUAACACCAGGUGGGCUGUGAGCUCGUCCACUCAUCUAUGGAAUUAAAAAAAAUAAAAAAUUGGCUGAUACACAAGUUCAUCGACCUCCUGUGACGCGUUGAAUUACCUUCACUUUACAUUCCAGUCCACUAAAUAAUCUAUAAAUCUUUUAAAACAACAAGCAUAAACUUAUACUUAUAACUAUAUAUUUCAAAUAAUUAUUGUUGUAUAUUUACAUUAAAUACAGCAAUUUGUAUUCCCAUUUCGGCUUUAAGAACACAUGUAUCUAUGUAUCAUCCUGUAAUUCUAAGACAUGAUUGAAUUGAAUAAAACUAUUGUGUUUUUUUUAAA